UUGCACUCUUGACCUCCCGUGACACUUUCUACUGUCUCUCUCCCUCAUAUCACAUUCACAGACUCGGAGAAAAGUGGGUAUUAGCUGCAUGAUCAUCAUGAAUAGGAGAAUUGUCCAGGAAAUUUUGCCCGUAAUUGUGAUAAGAUUUCUUAAUGACUGGCUACUCCGUGUAUUCAUUUUAGUCAGCCUCUUCUCACAAAUAGAGCUCCUCCUCCUGGGCAACAGGAGAAAAUAUACACCAGGAAACUGGCUUAGAUCCAUCAUUUGGCAAGCUUACGCAACCAAAGAUGCGAUAAUUGAUAUUUCUAUUGGCGUACUCUUCACGUGCCAAGGAGCUAGUGAAGAUAACUCAUCACAACAAAACGACAUGAUGAAGGCAUUUUGGCUAGCAUUUCUGCUACUGCACCUUGGAGGCCCGGACACCAUCACAGCCUAUUCUUUGGAAGACAAUGAAUUAUGGAGAAGACACUUGAUUCAGCUAUUCCUGAAGUCUCUGUGGGCAUCGAGCAUCUUUUUUAGGUCCUGGAAGGGCACACCACUCAAUAUUCUAACCAUGCUAAUGUUUGUGCCAGGACUGAUCAAGUAUGGGGAGAAAACUUGGUUUCUAAGGUCCGGAAGCAACGAUCAUCUUAGAGAUUCCAUAAUCCGUCAUCGAGACCGAGGGCACACUGACCCAACGGUCGUGCCCUCUGUGUCCACCCCGACCGGUAACCCCCCGACCGGUAACACCCCAACCGGUAGCCCCCCGACCAGUAGCACCUUGACCACCUUGACCGGUAGCCCCUGGUCCCCCCCGACCGGUUGCCCCCAAUACCCCAGGGUCCCCCUCGAUCGGGGGCCCAGCUGUGCGUGUGCCACAUUCAUGGCAGGGUGUAAUGGGCUUUGUUGUGCUGCAGUCAUGGCAGAGUAUGAUGGGGUCAGUUAUGCCGCAUUCAGGACAGAGUGUGAUUGCAAGAAAGCUGAGGAAUAUUGUGUUUCAUGCCAGCCAGAAAGUGAAAAAUCUGAGGUGGUGAAUAUACCUUCGCCAGGCCCAGGGUACCUUCGCCAGCCGGGUACCUUCGCCAGACCCUUUGCAAAAGGCUAUUGAAUUCUUCCCCAAGUUCAAGCGUUUAUUUACAGAUGUCGUCCUUGAGCCGAAAGAUCUUAAACAAAGCAAGUCCUUCUUCGAGACUAUAUCUUGGAAACAAGCUUUCGAAGUGAUUGAGAUUGAGCUUGGAUUCAUGUAUGACAUCUUCUAUACCAAGCCAAUGGUGGCUUAUGAUGAAUGGGGUUUGGUACGCAGUUUCAUCUGUCUAUUUUCAGCAAUCUCAACAUUCAUGGUCUUCUUGACAAUUGACAAGCAUGAGUACUCAAAUAUUGACGUGAUUAUAACAUGGUUGUUGCUGGUUGGAGCAAUUGUUGAGGAGAUCUAUUCUAUUAUUCUACUGUGUUCCUCUGACUGGACCAUGAAUUGGUUGAGCAAACAAGACAAAACACGAGUGACGGUUCUCAUUUGUGAAGCCAUAUCUAGUUGCCGACUACCUUUUCUAUUCCCUGCAAACAAAAGAUGGUCUGAUUCCAUGGCACAGUACAGUCUGAUAAGUUACAGCCUCAAAAAAUUGCCUACCAAGUUCUUUUGCAUUUCUCAGAUGUUGGAGUUCAGAGAGGUCUGGAUUUUCUUCUGCAUUUGUCUGAAGUUUGAGUGUUUUUCUAAGAAUUCAAAUGUCGUCCCCAGAUAUUUGAAAAGUUUGAUCUUUGAACA